GCAGGAGGCCCUGGCAGGCGAGGUGGAGCAGCUGCGGACGAACGAGGAGAAGGCGAGGACGGUCCUGGCUGGGCUUGUGACAGAGGUGGCGCAAGUCAAGGACACGCUGCAGAGUGGGGAGUUGGCGCCCAUCCAGGCGCUGGCCAGGCACGCGGACGUCAUCCUCUCCAACGUCCAUGGCAUGGCCCGGGAGGCGUGGGUGGCCUUCACGGACGAGGCCCUCACAGAGCCCGAGGAGGAGUUGUUCCGCGUGCCGCGGCUGCGCGCCAGCGCCCUCGUGGUCCUUAAGGAAGUCGACAGGGCCCAGGAGAUGUUCGGCAAGCUGGGCAGGCUGCUCGGCGCCCGCAUCUCGGAGCGCUACGAGCUGAGCGACCUGCAGGACGACGCGACCACCGCGUGCGCCACGCUCUCGCUGGCGCGGCAGCUGCUUCAGCCAGUGGCAGACGGCAGCGCGGAGGAGUGGGACCUGACGAGCGGCAUCGAGGGUUUCGUGCAGUCGACCGCAGGACUGGACAGCAUCUACAUGAAGGUGCAGGAACGCCUGAUGUACAGGAACACCAGCUCGGCCGACACCGAGCUCGAGCUGCUGCUCGCGUCCACAGACGGCUACUUCCACAGAGCCAUCCGCGAGGACGUGCACCGGUCUGUGCUCCCCCUGUUCGAACAGGCGACGGAGGCCGUGGGGGUUCUGGAGGCCACUUGCGAGCUGCUGGACGACCUCCUGCGUGUGCGGGUGCCGGAGACGAUGCGGACGAUCACGGGCAUCCAGGACAGCAUCCUGCCGGUGCAGGAGGCCGUGAACAGCUUCAGGACCUGCGGCGCGGCCGACGAGAGCGAGAACGCCCCGGGCCCAAGCAGAACCUCGAUCAGGUGGUCGCUCGGGACGUCGGCGUCGCGCGGCGGCGCGGACUACCCUGACCCGGUGGUGGAGGACGAGUCGUCGGGCACGGGCGCGGGCGUCGAUGUCUCGCGGGCGCGUUUCCUGAAGGUGCAGGAGACGAUGGAUGAGCUGAUGAACACCAACAUCCUUUUCGGCAUCGAGCAGCUUCAGGGCCUUUGCAGCGGCAGCAUCGACAGCAUGCUCAGCAAGAUGGCCAAGCCUCGGCUGGAGAGAGCGCUUGAUGGGCUGAUGAUCGAGAACGGGGCCGAGUACGGAGAGUCCCGCAGUGACUGGUGGCAGGCGGCAGGUGCGGCGGACGAGUUCAGCGAUGACGCGCCCCCCACGUCGGGGGAGGAGUUCUUCGACGACGUGACGGACUACGACAGCGACGAGGACCCGAACAGCUCCGUGUACGGGAGCAGCCCGCGAAGCCAGCGGGGCGGGAGCAGCCCGGUGGGAUCGCACGACCACUUCAUCCAGAUGGACUCGCCGGAGUGCCAGCCGGCGUGCCCCAACAGCCACGUGCUGAGGAGGGCCCUGUGCGAUGGCGGGUACGUCUGCGACGUGUGCCAGCGUUCCCUGGACCGCAACGAGCCAAUCCUCCACUGCCAGGAGUGCAACUGGGGCACGUGCGGCCAGUGCAUACAGGCCGCUGGCAUCGGCUGGAACGAUGCGCCGCCCAUGUACGAGGGCGCGCCGCCGUCUAGCGACGGGUACCGCUCCGCCGCCGGCACGACUGGGGCCAGGAGGCGCGGGCGCACUGGCGCGGGCGCGCAGAAGCUACGGCGGCGCAGCCGCAGCCCGCCUGAGGGGCCCUCGCCCAGGGGCAUCGUGGUGGGGCUGCAGGGCCUCCAGUCGAGGCCGGCGACGGCGGACGACUUGAUCGGGGUCGACGAGUCGCCAGCUCAGGACGUCGGGAUGCUCGCGAGAGCUGGCCUCCGCCUCGGCUUCAUGCAGAAGGCCUCGCCCCGCCAGGAGC